AUGUCGAACUUCGACCCCAAUGCGAUCUUGCGUGGUGCGCAAUUGACGCUAGUUGGAGGUAUGAGGCACUCACAAACAGCGUUGCUGCUUGCAGUAUUGACAUGUGCUACAGUAAAUCGUGCACUCCAAAAUCCAGGUCUCUUCACCUCUGACCACUACCGUCAAGCAGCAAUCGCUGUAGCUGCUGGAGUCGCUAUUCGAAUCCUCGUAUCAAUACCUGUAUGUGUAACCCGCGUCUCGAGCACCCCGAUGGACACACAGCCGAGAAUUGUUGGCGUCAGGAUACUACUAUGGAUCGUCUCUCUGUUCAUAGACAGGAACAAUGUCACUUGGGACGAUAGCGUGAUAGAUGGACUGCACUUCCUUGAGCAUACCGUUCUCCAAGUGCCUUUUUUUCUCAUGACCAUGAUGCGCUAUGUCACACCAACCUUGGAUCGAAUGUUCAUGGAUUCCCUUCAAUGGGUCGACCACACUUAUGUGCAGAAGCACAAGUCUGAAGAUCCGCACAAUCUUCGGGCAAUGUACGCGCAGAACCUCGAGCAAUACCCCACCCACGCGCCAAAGGACCCGAACGAGAAGAAGAAAUCGAUAAAAGAUACUGUGAUAUUGAUGGCUGUCAAGCAAGGCCGGAAAGCUGGCAUCUCAUUGGCUGUGUUGGCAUUGUCAUACCUACCGUAUGUUGGCCAGUUUGUGCUGCCUGCUGCCAGUUUCUACACCUUCAACAAGGCAGUAGGGACCCAGCCUGCGAUUGCUAUCUUCGCAGGCUCUCUUCUGCUGCCACGACGAUACUUGGUUUCUUUCUUGCAGGCCUACUUCUCAUCUCGUACGCUCAUGCGUGAAUUGCUGGAGCCAUAUUUUGCGCGCGUUCGCUACAACAAGGAGCAAAAGAAACUGUGGUUCAAGGAUCGCGCCGGUGUCCUGUUUGGCUUUGGCCUUGGAUUCUACGUCUUCGUCAAGAUUCCGCUCGUUGGUGUCCUGAUCUAUGGCUUGGCCGAAGCAUCGACUGCAUAUUUGAUCACAAAGAUCACUGAGCCACCUCUACCACCAAACGAGGCUGAGAAGUUCAAAGAGGACUCACUUCACUGGAAAAACAAACACGAAUUCCUAGAGUUGCCAUGGCAGCACAUGGAUGCAUACAACGUCAGCAUGCACAAGCCUGGCUUCAAGUCGGAUGUUCGCCAGACACCGCGAAAGACAUUCAGCUAG